UGUCAAGCUAGCAAAGCAAUGUCAGGAGCAGGGCGACCGGACAUCUUUGGUGGCACCGUCCUAGGAGAAACGACGGCGAGCAUUAUUCCUCCGUGGCUCCGCCGCUACAAAGAUACAAACUGCUGCGGUGCCUGUCCUCAAGCAGACGCUGCUUGCCGCCGGCUGAAGUUCACGGAGCUCAGCGCGACAAAUCACAGGAUCCUCUGUGAUGCGCUCGAGCUGCGCGUUCCGCGACACGGGAGCAUCGUCGCCGGCACAUCGAGCACGGUACUCCGGUGCCGAUCGGGCGUGACGAGGAGGAGGCUGUCUAGCUCGUUGUCGACCUGGCUGCUCUUCAUAGGAAGGGACGGUGGCGGCAAGAUGGCGGUUGCUCGGGAGCUCGCGAGGCUUGUGUUUGACUCCUACGCUGAGUUCACCACACUGCAUGUGCAGGGUGACCCCGACAUUCCCGCACGCAGCGGCAUGCUAACCCACAAGAGGCCGAGAUCACCGGACAACGGCAAUGGUGGCGACCUCGGGGCGAGGCUGUUCGAAGCGUUCACGGAGAACCCUCACCGCCUUAUAUUGAUCGACGACGUUGACAGACUGGAUCGUGAUUCGGAGAUGCGCAUCAGAAACGCCGUCGCGGAUGGAGGAAUGGUGACGGGAUGCAACGGCGACGUGGUCGGCCUGGAGGAUGCCAUCGUAGUGCUGAGCGCCUCUGACGUGUUGGACUCGAGGUACGUAGCUUCAUCUUCCUCCCCACGGGUAAAGCGACGCUUUAGUGGACAGAACCGCGAGGAAGGUGACGCCACGGAGAUGGAAGUGAGAUGUCGUCGUCGUCAUGGUUGGGAUUUGAACGUUUGUGCAGUGGAUGAGGAAGAGGAGGAGGAGGAGGAGGAGGAGGACAGUUUAGCAGAUGACGGGGGGAUCAUGAAUGUCGUGGAUGGUGUUUUCCUAUUCAAUUAGCAGAUUUUUUUGGGGUACCAUUCUAGGCAUUUCAAAGGGUUCUGAAUUGUUAUAUUUCGCCUUCAGAAUUUAUUGUCUUGAAUUAAGAAGAUUUUUUUACCUCCCCAUUUUUAUUUCAGAAUGAUAACACAACAAUGUUUAACAGUCACCACUCACCACUCACCACAUUUGUCUUGAGUUGGUGAAGAUGUUAAAUCAGUGAGGAAAGCAAUGUGUCAUCUUUAGCUUCCUUAA